AUGUCAAAAUUCGGAGUCCUCGUCACCGGGCCCGCCGGUGCCGGCAAAACAACCUUCUGUACCGCCCUCAUCACCCACCUACACCACAGCCGCCGGUCCGCCUUCUACGUGAACCUGGACCCAGCCGCCACCGACCUCAGCUACACCCCGGACCUGGACAUCCGAGACCUGAUCUCGCUCGAGGACGUCAUGGAAGAGCCGCUUUCCCUGGGCCCCAACGGUGGGUUGAUCUACUGCUUUGAGUUCCUGCUCCGAAAUCUCGACUGGCUGGCCGAGGCAAUCGACCCGUUGACGGAAGAGUACCUGAUCAUAUUCGACCUCCCAGGCCAGAUCGAGCUGUACACCCACAUCCCCUUGUUGCCCGAGCUCGUCCGGUACCUCUCGCGCAUGGGCCCGUUGAACAUCUCGCUAUGCGCCGCCUAUCUCCUCGAGGCGACCUUUGUGGUCGACAAGGCCAAGUUCUUCGCCGGCACCCUCUCCGCCAUGAGCGCCAUGAUCAUGCUGGAAUUGCCCCACGUCAACAUCCUCUCCAAGAUGGACCUGGUCAAGGACCAAGUCCCCAAGCGCGAACUCCGGCGCUUCAUCGAUCCCGAUGCCAACCUCCUCGACCAAGAGGAUACCGGCCGCGGCGAACUCCUGCCCAGCUCCAGCUUCAACCCCCGAACCGGUGGCGGGGCGCCAGAGUACACCGCAUUGGACGUGCGCAACGCACACGAAGUCGAUAACAUCAUGUCCGGGGGUUCGUUCAAACAGCUCAACCGCGCCGUCGCCCGCCUCAUCGACGAUUUUAGCAUGGUUUCCUUUUUGCAGCUGGACGUCAACGACGAGGAAAACGUCGGCGACGUGCUGAGUUACAUCGACGACGCCAUUCAGUUCCACGAGGCCCAAGAGCCCCGGGAUCCCAGGGAGCCCGAACUGGAAGAGCCCGCUUGGGAGGACUGA